GAUCGCUCCGUCGCGGUCGAGCUGCAGCAGCAGGCGAAGAAGUACCUGGAGGGCCUCCUCUCUUUCGUGGAGUCCGCGGACGCCACCGAAGCCGCCAAAGUGAAGAGCUCGGAGAAGCGCGAAGAUCCAGAGAUGGUGGCGAUCGAAGACACGGAGAUCCCGAAGCUGGGUUCCCGUGGUGAGGAGCUGCUGCGACAGGUCUACGCCAUGGAAGGCUGGAAGUCCUUGGGAAGCUCAAGCUCUCAAGAAGACAUGGACGUCUUCACCAAGACAGUGCGCAAUGCACACGUCACUCCUUCAGGCAGCCAUGUCAGCUCAGCGGCCAGCAACGAGAGUGGCAUCGCCUCUUUGUUGGUUGCUUUUGUGGAAGGAGGCGGCAGCAUUCUCAAGUUCACGGCAAACGCCAGGGCCAUCAAGGCGGAGAUGCGGACGGUCUGGCAGCGCUGGCUUAAGCGAUUCACAAAGGCGAAGCCCAAGGCCGAAGCAGCAAGGGCCAAGGUAGCUGCAUGA